CUGGCUGUAACUUCUGUCAAGUCUGCCGAGUCUCCUCUACUCAGACCGACUGGACAUUUCGUCAUUGACUGGUGUGCUGACUUGCAUAAUGGGAAAUGCUUCAGACACAUCUGCUGUGUUUGCCUCCACCAUGUCCAAGGAGCAUGACAUCCUCAUGGGUUCCCUCUACAGUGUCUUUUGUAUACUGUCCCUCAUGGGAAACUGCAUUCUGCUACUUGUUGCAUAUCACAAGCGGUCGACCUUAAAGCCAGCUGAGUUCUUCAUCAUCAAUCUCUCCAUCAGUGACCUUGGGAUGACGCUCUCUUUAUUCCCAUUGGCAAUACCAUCAGCUUUUUCACACAGGUGGCUGUUUGGAGAAACCAUCUGUCAACUCUAUGCUACAUGUGGAGUACUGUUUGGUCUAUGCAGCUUGACCAACCUCACAGCCCUCUCCUUUGUGUGCUGCCUUAAAGUCUGCUUCCCCAACCAUGGUAACAAGUUCUCCUCGUCACAUGCCUGCCUCCUGGUGGUUGGAGUGUGGUGUUAUGCAUCUGUGUUUGCUGUAGGGCCCUUGGUACAGUGGGGACAUUACAGUUCUGAACCUUACGGCACAGCCUGCUGCAUUGACUGGCAUGCACCCAACCACGAGCUUUCAGCUAUGUCUUACAUUGUCUGCCUUUUCGUCUUUUGCUACGCACUGCCCUGCACUGUCAUCUUUCUCUCCUACACUUUCAUUCUGCUGACAGUGCGCGGGUCACGGCAGGCCGUCCAGCAGCAUGUGUCACCACAGACCAAGACCACCAAUGCACACGCUCUCAUUGUCAAGCUUUCAGUAGCAGUAUGUAUAGGUUUCCUGGGUGCCUGGAGCCCAUAUGCUGCCGUGGCCAUGUGGGCUGCUUUCGGAGAUGCCACGCGGGUUCCUCCUGAUGCAUUCGCCCUUGCUGCAGUGUUCGCCAAGUCUUCAACUAUCUACAACCCUAUGGUCUACCUGCUGUGUAAGCCCAACUUUCGCGAGUGUCUCUACAGAGACACAUCUAUGUUGCGACAGAUGAUCUACAGGGGUAGUCCCCAGUCAGAUCCAAAAGAACAUUUUGGAUCAACCUCACAGCGCUGCAAGGACGCGAGCAUCUCCACGAGAUUCUCAAACGGACAGCACGAGAGCUACGGGGGGUGUCUACACUGCACUGAGAAUGCAGCAGCGUGUAAUGUGACCACACCCCUAAGGACUGCCUGCAUCCUGACUGGAUCCUCUUACAGAGAGGUGACAGUUAGCCAGCUCUCAGCCACACCACAGGAUGGUUUACUCUAA